AAUAAUAUCAGUUAGUUCUACAAUCUGUGCGUUAUCUUUUAUUUUUUGCUGCCAAACAUUACAUAAUGACACGAGUCCACUCUCUGAUUGGCUGAGCGGCCUGUCAAUCAAUGAUGUAACGGCCAAUGACAGCAGGCGGCAGGCGAUACAAACUGGCAGCCGCCAUGUUGUGUCUCCGGGGGGCCCGGAGCGACGUCCGAUAGUAAACAGUAGAUGACGGUACCGCCGCUCGGCAGUUAGCAGGAAAGGGACCGCAGCUGGAAGCGAUGAGCCGUCCGUCCUCAGCCGGUGCCGGAGCCGGAGGUGGAGGACUCGGGGCCGGGAAGGCAGGCGGGGGAAAGCAUGGGGGACCGGGAGGCGCAGCUGCCGCCGCCGCCGCCGCCGCGGCUGCCGCAGCGGCAGUAGCCGCCGGUGUAGGCUCCGUGGCGGGGUCAGGGUCGGCUGCCGCUUCCUCCGCGGUGUCCCUGCCCGCGGCCGGCCUGCCCGGCCAGUCCGCGGAGCUCACGGGGCUGUUCGAGUGCCCGGUAUGCUUCGACUACGUGCUGCCGCCCAUCCUGCAGUGUCAGGCGGGUCACCUGGUCUGCAACCAGUGCCGCCAGAAGCUGAGCUGCUGCCCGACCUGCCGAGGCCCGCUCACCCCGAGCAUCCGCAACCUGGCCAUGGAGAAGGUGGCCUCCACGCUACCGUUCCCCUGCAAGUACUCGUCGGCCGGCUGUCUGCUGUCUCUUCACCACAGCGAGAAGCCCGAUCACGAGGAGGUGUGCGAGUUCAGGCCGUACACCUGUCCGUGUCCCGGGGCGACCUGCAAGUGGCACGGCUCGCUUGAGGCCGUCAUGCCUCACCUGAUGCACGCGCACAAGUCCAUCACCACGCUGCAGGGGGAGGACAUCGUCUUCCUGGCGACGGACAUCAACCUGCCGGGCGCCGUGGACUGGGUGAUGAUGCAGUCGUGUUUCAGCCACCACUUCAUGCUGGUCCUGGAGAAGCAGGAGAAGUACGAGGGACACCAGCAGUUCUUCGCCGUCGUGCUGCUCAUCGGCACCCGGAAGCAGGCGGAGAACUUCGCCUACCGCCUGGAGCUCAACGGCAACCGCCGCCGCCUCACCUGGGAGGCCACGCCGCGCUCCAUCCACGACGGCGUGGCGGCCGCCAUCAUGAACAGUGACUGCCUGGUGUUCGAUACCUCCAUCGCUCACCUCUUCGCCGACAACGGCAACCUGGGGAUCAACGUCACCAUCUCCAUGUGCUGAGGGAGCGGCGGUAACGGGACGGACAUCGCGACGGAGACGCGACGCGGGAAUCGGGUUUGAGAGCUAGCGAGGUGUCGAGAUCACCUUCUGUCUCGCCGCGACUGUCGACGACGCCACCAGGACGUUGGAAAGCGGCUCCUCGAAGCGCUCGACGGCAGCAGGACGCCGGCUCCGCCCCCCCCCCCCGCCCCCCCGUAUGAUGUCUGUUUGUAUUUAACGAAUGACGGGACACGAUGCUUUGUCUCUCUACGUGUUGAAAGCAGGAGGAAACGCCAGCGGCAGAGAGCGCCAGGCCUCCGGUCAGCCAGCGGCGUGGUGAGGUGAUCCGGGCUGGAAGCGCCAGCCGGACAGAGAGCGAGCUGUCCUGGGUUUAAUCACCCCAAACAGGAAGUCGUCGACUCUUAUCCGAAGAAAAACGGACGAACGCUUUACCACACGAGGCCUACGAGCUUCUGUCAGGUUCAUCAGACUUCCUGUCAGCCGGACAGCGUGUUCACAAUGUUCUGAUCUUUGCUUCGCUGCUCUUCGAUCUCGUAUCGAUCCGUUCAAACGGCGUCGAGUCGGCGACCGUUCACGACAUCGCAGGAUCUUGUCAGCUGCUCUUUUCUUUGCUUCUCGGCGAAUGUAGGAAAAGUUACGACAUCGGAGAACACGGCGGCGUCACUGGUUUAUCGCCGAGUUCUCACAUGGGAAACACGUCCUCGUGAUUUCUAUUAAAGACUCUAAACGACCUUCAAGCACCGAAACGAGUCCAUGUUCUCUCUGUUGAAGGCGUCGUCGGUAACCGGGUUAAUUAACGGUGUAGCGCCCUCGCUGCAGUUCCUCUCGUGGCCACAAGAUGUCGCUCUGAUGAACAUCGACGGCAAAACCUUUAAAUUAAUACAGAAUCAUUUUAUCCAGAAACUGCUCCUCUGGCUCCAAACAACUGAGAGAGUUAAUUAUAAACUAUAUAUAUAUAGUUUUAUAAUGUAAUAUGAAUCUCUAAAACAUAAAUAACCAGAUAUGUUUGUUUGUUUUAGCAAAUUUGGUACCUGAUUAGUUUUAGUACGUAAUUAUAUUGAUGUAAAAAUCGUAUAAAAAUCCAUAUUUAACAUGUAUCAGUGCUGCUCGUUACCCGGAGCAACCAGAGAUAUUAAAGACGGACAUGAAUGGUAAAACAAGUUAUAUCAUCUUACUGUAUAAUAUGCCGUCAUAUCAGGAAAAAUUGAAUUUAAUUAAAUAUUUGCACUAAAAAAACUCCCAAAACUUUUAUUUGACGGUUAAAAAGGCAAAUAUUUUGAUCGUUUGAUCAUUUUCCUGAUGGAGAUCUGGUCAAGUUGCCUUUUUUUUCAGUCCAGGAAGCUUUUUGGAAGCUUUAAUCACCAGUGUGCAGAUAAUUUUUCCGUCAUUGUGGCCGAAAUAUCGGAAUGACUUUCUUCACAUCGAGUCGUUUUUGUGUCUUGUGACGGUUUAAAACAAACGAUGCUGCUUCUAAAAGGCUUGAAGUGAAGCAGAAUGACGUGAACACGCUGGUCGUACCGAGCAGAGCGGUGGGCUGUGUGUGUGUGACUGAUGGGGGGAGGAGGGUUGCUGGUUCAAAUCCCUGCAGCAGUCUGUCAGAAUCAGGCCGUUGGACUGUUUUUGACUGUGCAGUUAGUGUUUAACCUCCUGUGGGAAACCGGAUCAGCUGUGGAAUCCAGUUAAUCCUCAAAAAAAAAAAAAAACCUUCUUUUAAUCUCAGAUAAAAGCAGAAAAACGGAGCGAUAAUAAUCCUCCCGACCUUUUCUCCUGCAGUCUGUUUAGCCGCCAGCGCCUUAAUUUUUUGUACCGCCGACCUCGUCUUCUUCCUGUUUUGAGCUCUUUUCUGACGGAGUCUCGGUGCUGAUGAGCUUCACCUGACGACAGGUUAUAUUUCGCCCAGGGAAACACAAACCAGGACUCUUUUGCAGAACUGAUGAUGCAAAAAGAAAUAUAUUUAACAAACACAGAUUUCUGUUUGCUUGUUUUAAGCCACAGUGACCUGAUGGACAAAUAUUAUUAUUAUUAUUAUUAUUAUUAUCUUUAAAGGCUCACGAGGCACUGUGGGGGGAAAACAAAAAGAUUCCCCAACAUUCCUCGUCUCUAAACCUUUGUAGCAACUGACCAGAUACCUCUGACCACGGACACGUCUGUAACUAAACUGCAAACCUCUCAGACCUUGGCGGUGUUUCCUCCGUGUUUGUUUAGCGAGAAAAAAAAACAAAAAAACCCUGAUAACAAACAGCUGAUUGGGGAAAAAACCGUUAACAUCAGGCUGCUAGUUAGUCUGAGAUAUCUAAAAUAUCUGGAUCAAUAUCUCCCACUUGGUGAAAGAGCGAACAAACUGGUGACAAACUGGUCGUAAAGCCUCCAUCACUGGUAUCCGACAUGCUAAUAAAGUCUGUUUUUAACUGUUUGUAACAAAGUUUGACUUGUUGAAAAAUGAAACAAAGAUACAAAUAUGUAAAACUAUUUAAAAAAAAACAAAAAAAAAAAGGUUAGUUAGGUUUAAUAUAAUUUAAUUUAGGUGCUAACGGGGGAGAUUUUGGGAUAACGUGUAAAUGUUCAAUUCUGCCGACAUGUAGCAUAAUGAAACGUUACCUCUAAUUAACCUCUAAUUAACUAAUUACUGUGCUUUUGUGACUCAGACUGUAAAACUGAUGUUCAAAGUCUGGGAAAAUUAAUUGAAAAUGUUAAGCGGCUACUAAGUUUGUUUCCAUCCUGCUGUUUGAUGUACGUUUAAAUUUGUGCAUUUAAAAUAGUUGGAAAUAGAUUUAAAAAGCAGAAAUCUUACAUUAAAUAGUUUAAAUCUUGGUUGAGGUGGAAAACUUCAAGAUGGGAACAGAUUUAUUGACAAAAUAUUGAACAGUGACGUUAAUUCGUCAGAUUAGAAUAAAAGGCUUAAAGCUACAAUGAAAUACCACAAAGGACCAGUUACAAAAGAUUAACUGGUACUUACUGGUUUCAUUAUAUCAUCUUGAGAAUAUUUCCAUAGAAGUAGUUUAAAACAACUAACUCAUUCACAUUUCCUUUAACCCCUUAGCUAACCUAAGCUAGCUUGUGAAUUACUCUCAGAAGUUAAGCUAACAUUAAUUAACAUGCUAGUAAACGCUCUGGUUGUCUGGUGUUUUAUAUUUAAUUCCCUGCUGCUCACCAGUUACCAAAAUGCUAAUGUUUGUUAGCUAACAUAUUUUAACCAAGACAUUAAAUAGCUAGCUAGCAAGCAACAGAUAUUGGAAUAUAUUAAUGAAAACAUCACCGCUGUCAACAACAGGGAAGUUAUGCUAACCUAAACUAACUUGUGAAUUACUUUCAGGAGUUAAGCUAACGUUAAUUAACAUGCUAGUAAACGUUCUGGUUGUCUGGUGUUUUAUAUUUAAUUCCCUGCUGCUCACCAGUAGCCAAAAUGCUAAUGUUUGUUAGCUAACAUAUUUUAACCAAGACAGUAAAUAGUUAGCUAGCUAGCAAGCAACAGAUAUUGGAGUAUAUUAAUGAAAACAUCACAAUGUAUACAUAUAUUAUGCUAACAUCAGCUAGUUGGUGAAUUAGUUUAGUUAAAGGUGCAGUGUGUAGGAUUUAGUGGCAUCUAGUGGUGAGGUUGCAGAAAAAGCUAAAGUUUAUUAUUUAGCAAGCUAACGUAUCUUAGCCCAGACAGUGAUCAGUUAGCUAUCUAGCUAACAAGCAGCAGAUGUUGGAUAUUAAACCCGCAGUGCAGAACUUUUACAUAUAAAUGAACGACUGUUACAUUGAAGCCAAACGAGUUCACACGAUGCUGAUUAAAUAAAUCUGUUUUUAAAUCUGGUGUCGGGUUUGACGUUCCCUCGCCGGUUAACUUCCUGUUUGCUCUCCAACUUGAAUGUUCGUGUCUGUAGUUCCUCUCACUGCCAGAAGGGGGAGACAAACGUCCUGCACUGCAGCUUUAAUUAAAACAGCUUUUUACUGUCACAACACAACUUUCAUAUAAAUAUAUGAUUAGUUGGUGUCUUUAUCGUUAACUUUAUUGGUGUGUAGCGACCAAUAAAUGACCAAUAAAUCAAUAUUUUUGCCACUUAUUGCAUCUUCCUAAAUUCUAAACUUACAAGGAAUCAUUCAUUCAAAUUAUUUAUUCAAAUAAACACAUUUUUGUCUCGUUUUUCGUCUGUUCUGCUCACUCAGCUCGGUAACAAACAGUUGAUGACAUCAUCAUCAGCGCUGAAUAAAAACAGAGGAAACACCGAUUUAUCUCUUUUAUUUCUCUCUGAUAAUCACUUCCACCUUCACAGCCCGCCGACUUUCUACAAGAUGUUUUGAGAUAUAUUGUAAAUGAAGCUAUAAUGACGUAUAUUUUCUACAAAGAAAAGACUGCUAGAUGUUUGUGUUCGCUGUCUGAUCAACAGAUUUACUGAAACUGAAACAGGGACAGACUUUAUUAAAUCGGUCUCCGGGGACGACGGUGCUUCUCUUUGUUCGUUUGUCUUCAACUCAAAGCUCCAUAAAGCUCCAGGUUUACUGUCUGUCGGCUGGUUUUUGGUCAUUUUGUGGUAAUUUUUUAGGGAAUUUUGCACCUUAAAA